GCCAACAACAGCCCAUCCAAAGUGGCAUGGCGGCGUACUACUCGAUCGCGGUCGCUCGCGCCGGCGAGAUUGUGAGCCGCAGCCUCAUCAAGGCCGAUGUGGACACGACGCUUCGGUCUCUCUUUGGCAUGUACGAAGGCGGAAAGCAUGCGAUCGGCUUCAUGGACCUGGCGGUCAAGGCGGGCACACGCACGGCAGUCUUUGAGCAGCACGACGCGACGAUGGACCUUGUGGACCUCGACAUGCCCAUUCGCCUCGUCCGGGAGAUCUGCGGCGACGUGACCAAGUUUCUCUUCCAGGUCGCGCCGACCAUCGUUGCUUCUCCUGCGCUUGUACCACCGCCCGUCGCCACGCCGCCAACGCCCGUCGCCACGCCGCCGAUGCCCGUCGCUGCGUCCAAGCCCAAGCCCGUCGCUGCCACGCGAGGCCGCAAGCCGCGCAAGGCCGUGGUCGUCGACUCCUUUCUGCGCGAGAGCGAUUUGAGUCGUAUUGGUGACACGAUUACCGUGGCGCCUCGCGUCGUUGCCAAGCCAGCGACGAAGCCAACGGUUCGAUACAGCAGGAUCGACCCGCCGCCGCUCUUCCAGGUGCGUCUGCAUCGGCGUUGGCACGUGCCAAGUGUCGCGGACGAUGACAGUGACAUUCCAGUCGUCGGUGCCGCCAAACGCGCGUGCCGUCGCAUGGCGCCGUCCAGCCCGCAGCCUCGCCGGGAGCUCCGCAUUCCGCAAGUACACAAGACGUCCGUGGCCCGAUCCCGGACGAAAGCGAUUGCCGGCGCGUCGCACCGCGUUGCGCCAGUCGGCCUCGACCGAAAUGCAACGACCCACGCGACGGACGAGCGCACCGAGAAGUGCCGAGAAGUGCUGCCGCUGCGCACGUCGACGCGAAACAGUCGAUCGUGA